AUGGAGGUAGCUGAACUGCAGCGAAAGCUGGAUAUUGCAGGGGAUGGUAUUGCAUUGAUCAACAUGCGUCUUGACGACUCGCAAGUUCUUCGGGUGGAGCUAGCCCGGGCCAAGGAGCAGGCCCGGUGUAGUAAUGCUGCUGCUGAAAAGGCAUCGGCUGAGCUAAGAGCCGAACAAGAUGCUCGGUGCCAAGAUGAGGAGAAGAUAUCCGCAAUGGCGCUUGAAUUAAAAAAUGCUGCCAGCCGCUGUGAAUUUCUUGAGAAGGAAAGUGAAGCCAAGACGGCUGGGCUUGACAAGGCCUUACGAGAGGCAAGUGAAGCGCGGUCUGAAUCCAGGGCAGCCCAUGAGGAGAUCCGGCAGGCUAAGGAGAUAGCGGCCG